AUGGAGUUCACGUGUGGACUCCAUAAUCUCCUGCCGUGUUUUUGGAUCGCUAGUUACUAUAGCGAAGGCGGGAAGGAUCCCAGUGAAGACCUUUAUGGGUGGGACGAAGUACUGCACAUCCCUGAUCCCUCCUCCAUCAAAGGAACCACAGGAGUUGUCAUCCAGGACGCUCUCUUCCGCCUGGGUGGGGGGAAAAGUCCCUGGGAAGCAGGCUGGCUGAACCUAGAGACGGAGUCAUGGGCAAGUCUCUCCCGCAUGAAAGUAAGGAGAUGCAAGGAAACGUCGGUGAUGAGAGAUCCACACACCAUCCUAGAUAUUGGUGAUGAAGAACCCGGAACAGGGAGACACCUCUCUAGCGUUGCAUGCUUGAACACGAGAACAGGACAAUGUAAAGCCAGCAGAAGGAGUGGAAAAUCAGAUGCGUCCCCCAAGUACGACGGUGGGGAGUCAACUCCCUCCUCCACACCUGAGAAUCGGCACGUGGAGGAGGAUGUGGGAGCUGAAGUCCAUGAGCUGUUAUUAGAUGCAGAGUGGGAGAAGAAAAUGAAGUUCCAGCUGGCAACGACAAUCUUGGCAACGAUGCUCUUCCUUGCAGCUUUGUGGCAGAGUGUUCAUGCCGACGGCUGCGAGGAAUCAUCUUGUGUUGCCAAGUGCCAACAGGGGAAGUGUGAAACGGGAGCGUGCUUGGGCGAGAAAGGCAGCGAAGUCUUGACGAGGAGUAGAGAAUCGGCUGGAUCCCCGAAGGACGACGGUAGGGAGUCAAUUCCCUCCUUCAGACCUGAGAAUCGGCACGUGGAAGAGGAUGUGGGAGCUGAAGUCCAUGCGAUGCUAUUAGUUGCAGGUGCGGAGGAUGACGCAGGAGGAUCUCGUGUGGAGCGAAAAUGUCCUUCCGUGAAGGCCACUCCGAAAUACAGUAUAUAA